GGUUACCAUCCAGUAACGCUGUUACUUAGUUUAGGUAUGUCUGCCAUCGGCUUUGCCAAGGGGUGGUGCUGGAGUUUUCGGGCUCUAGGGUGGAAUUUCACUUCUCUCUUUUUGGAUUGUUUGGUUUGGGAAGGAUUUUUCAGUCGAGCAGUGCGCCUGAGUUCGGUCAUUAGAAGAUUUUGGUGCUGAGAAGAGAAACUGUUGUUUGGGUGUUUCGACGAUUUCAAGGGGGCUUCGAGCUACGGCAGCGGUCCGGAAGGAAGACAAGGCAGUGGCUUUGAAUGGAAGGUUUCGUGGAUAAGCAUAAAAAGAUGGCGAUUAGGGCAGAGGAAGAAUAAUUGGAUCUUGACGAUUUCGAUACAGAGGAGAUACCGGUGGAGGAGAGAAGUUCGGGAUUUCCAGUGGUGGGAGUGUUGUUGACAGACAGUAAGGUCAAAUUUCCAACUCUCAAAGAGCUCAUGACAUCGCUUUGGAGGCCGGGGAAAGGAAUUUCGAUCAAAGAAGUUGGUGAGAAAAGGUAUGUAUUUAGUUUCUAUCAUCGUGUUGAUAUGAAUCGUGUACUUGAUGGAGGCCCAUGGCAAUUUGAGCGUAAUCUGUUGUUAUUGAAAGAAGUUAAGCUUGAUGAUAUUCCACAUAAGAUUGUUUUAAAUGAGGCUGAUUUUUGGAUUCAAAUUCAUAAUGUUCCCUAUAGUGUAGUAAAUCUAGGUACUGCCAGGCGGGUUGGAAAUUUUAUUGGAAAAUUUAUAAAAUAUGAUGAUAAUCAGAAUAGUGAGAAGUGUGAGUCUUAUAUGAGAAUCAGGGUGUGCAUGAACGUGGAUAAACCUCUGAAAAAAGGAACCAAUGCAACCUGAAGAAGGAAGGAAAGAGGUAUUGGGUGGAUUUCAAGUAUGAAAAGUUACCCAAUUUCUGUUUUAUAUGCGGUUUAAUUGGGCAUUCAAAUAAGUUUUGCCAUUUAAAUUAUGAAGAAGAUCUAGUUUUGGAAAAACAUUUUGGGGUCCAGCUUAGAGCAGGCAGUGGGGUGAAGACCAGUCAUACAUGAGGAAGUAAAUGGCUACUGGAGGGUUGAUCGAGCUCUGGCCGGCAGAGACCGUAGGUAUGUGGGGGAUAAUAAGUCUGAUGACAAGAUGGGGACGGGGGAAAAAGUCUAUCUCAGAAUCAGCGGCGCAGAGUAUAACUAAAGGCGUGGGAGCCGAAACAAAGGAGGAAACACCGGGGAAACAAAAGAGAAGAAGGAUUUGGGAUAUAUGCCUAGGGAGUAAAAAAAUACUAAAAGCACUACAUAUGAGAGAUAAAAUUCUCUCGCUUGAAUAUUAGUAUAUUUAUAUUAUUUUCUUAUACCGAAAAGUUCCACAUAUGAAAGGCAAAAUUUUGCUGAGUUAC